AUGGUGCGACACGUUGAUAGCGGUGCUGCUUUGAGCUUACGAGGACCCUACAAUCCGAUCAUCAAUCCAACACACUGCCGGCCCGCAUUGGUAGAAGAGCAUGUCGAAGAUCAACACCAUAUCCUCUGUUCCGCACCCAUCUUUGGUGCUCUCCUCUUCGAAAACUCUAGCUCCGAUGCCCGUGAUCACUGUGCCAAUGAGCGCACCUUUCUGUCAUGGCUGCGCCUGUCUAUGUAUCUGGCAGUGGUCUCGCUCGCCAUCAUCAUCUCCUUCCAUUUCCGAGAACAACCCUCUGUCCUGGAACGGCGAAUGGCAUUGCCCCUCGGCAUCGUCUUUUGGGCCUUGAGCAUCAUGUGCUUGGCCAACGGGUUUGCGAAUUACGCGCGCACGGUCAUGAAGUAUAGCCGUAAGGCCGCGUUGGUUCAAAGUGGCUGGAAGACUCAGUUGGUUUUCACGAUAAUUGGGACUGUGAUCCUGGGGAGUUGCAUCUUGUUUCUGUCCACGGAUCAAACUGGCUAA